ACUCUUUCCUUCUUCCCACUUCCCCCCAAAAAAACAAACAUACUCAAAGAUUUCACCACAAAAAGCCCUAGAAAGUCAUAACCCAAAAGGCCAAAAUAAAACCACCCUCAAAACCAAACCAAAUAUUUCAAAGUUAUUUGCUAAUAUAAAUUCCAUUUUCUUAAUCUCCUUUGCAAGAACGUAACUAAUAAAGUGAUUAACUUGUAAUUUUAAAGCUUUCAAAACGGGUCUUCCGUUGUGGAUGCUUGGCUUGGCCGCUGAACAGCUGCGCGCCGAUAUGAAUCGUUUACUCGCUCUCCUUUUCCACCAAGGAGUGUUGGAUGAACAAUUCUUACAAUUGCAACAACUCCAAGAUGAGAGCUCUCCAAACUUUGUUACAGAAGUUGUCAAUAUUUACUUCCAUGAAUCCGAGAAGCUUCUCCGAAAUCUUCGAGCUUUUCUAAUGGAUAGAGAAUUUUCAGACUACAAGAAAAUAGGGAUGCAUUUGAAUCAGUUCAUGGGUAGCAGUUCGAGCAUCGGAGCUAAAAGAGUUAGAAAUGUAUGUGUUGCAUUUCGUGCUGCUUCUGAACAGAAUAACCGUGUUGGAUGUUUAAGAGCCUUGGAUCUAUUGGAGCACGAGUACAGCUAUCUCAAGAACAAACUGCAUGAACUCUUUCAAAUAGAACAGCAAAGAGUACUUGCAUCUGGGGUUAGGUACCCAAUACAACACAUCAUCAACAACAACAACAAUGAUGCCAUUUAAAUCAACCACAAUUAAUGAGUCGACUACAAAGGUUAAAUGAUUUAGACGGUAUUUGAUCUCAGGUUAUGGUUACCAACCCAUGACUUUCACUAACCGAACUAGUUAAAAUAUAACACCCAGUAGUAUUUUUGAUCCAUAAGUUUUCAGAGUUAGCUAGGUAGGGGGUUGGUUGUAUUGCCAUAAUUAGUAUUUUUUGAUAUGCUUAAUUAGCUUAUUAUUAGGUUAUAAUUAAGCAAAAGUUGCUAAUUAUGUAAGUUGGUUCAGAAAGUUGUAAGUUUCAAUGUUUGCUUUUUAAAGGCAAUUAAUGAAUGUGCAGUAAAUUUGGGGGGUGACUA